UUCCCCACCCACGCGCCCGAGUCAUGGUCGUCGCCGCCGCCGUCGUGGGCCUCGUGGCUUCCCGAUCGAGCCAUGGCCGCAUAUAUAACCUCUCUCUCCACUUCAAGACCUGCGUGUAACCAACCAACAACCCCUCAUCCACUUCGCGCCUCCUGCCCGACGCCCCCUUCCCUUCGCUUCGAGUUGGUGCCACGCCAUCCAUGGCCGUGCAGGCGCGCCACCUCUCCCACGCCUCCUUCCCCCACGACCUCCACGCCUUCAGGGCUAUGGAGGACGCGGCGGCGGCCGCCGGCACGGCGUUCUUCGACGAGUACGGCUGGACCACGCCGGCGCCAGAGCUCGGCGGCGCGACGGUGCCCGCCAGUGACUUCCCGCGCGGCGAGCUGGCGUGCAGCUACGGCGUCGGGCCGAGGAAGCGGCCGCGCGUGGCGGCGGCGGCGGCGGCGGGUUUCUUCGAGGAUCACAGCGCGGUCGUCCGGCCAGUGACAGUGGGCAGCGGGCAGGAAAGAGCGGUGGGCUCCGGCACGGCGUCCACAAGCGGGAGUGUCGCCAAUGGCGCCGGCGCCUCGCAGUCGCCGGGCCUCCUGCCGAGGCUGUACCACCACCAGGACGUCGAUCUCGACGCGCUCGUAACACUCGAGAGCGAGAGGAUGCGCGCGGCCCUGGAGGAGGCCCGGCGCAGGCACGCCCGGGCGCUGCUGGCGGCCGUGGAGCGCGCCGCGUCGGGGCGGCUGCGCGCGGCGGAGGCCGAGCUGGGGCGCGCGCUCCGCCGCAACGCGGAGCUGGAGGACAAGGCCCGGCAGGCGGGGGCCGAGUGCCAAGCGUGGAUGGGCGUCGCCCAGAGCCACGAGGCCGUCGCCGCCGGGCUCCGCGGCACGCUGGAGCAGCUCCUCCUCCGACCCCCCGCGUCCGUGGGCGAGGCCGCCGAGGACGCGCAGUCGUGCUGCUUCGAGGCGCCGGCCGCGGACGCGGCGUCGCGCGCAGCGUCGUCGUGCAGGUCGUGCGGCGGCGGCGAGGCGAGCGUGCUGCUGCUCCCGUGCCGGCACCUGUGCCUGUGCCGCGCGUGCGAGGCCGGGGUGGACGCGUGCCCCGUCUGCGCCGCCGCCAAGAACGCCUCGCUCCAUGUCCUGCUGUCCUGAAGCCCCCAGCAGCAGCAUCCAAGCACACACGGCGAACGCGUCGCUCAAUGAUCAGAAUUGCAGCCUGGAAACUGGGAAAGAGUGGCGUAAGAGCGACAGCGAAUUAGCUUACACUGAGAGAUUGGAGUUGUUCUUGCAACACCGUCUUCAAGAUGCCUGAACCUGUGCAAGAGAAAUGGAAUCGUGCCUCAGACGCUCAGUUAGUUCAGUUACCGGAACCGGCGAAGAUGGGGUACAAGCAAGUGUGAUUGGACGAGUUGGCAACGUUCUCGCAAUUGUUUGGUUCAUGAAUCUGGUAGCAGUGUUUGGUUCCCAGAUUCCCAGUGUGCUGUGUGAGGCCACCUUCAAUUCAGACAGCCCUGAACAUUGAUUAUCUCAGGCGUCUCAAACUUCAGAGAUGUGGUUUACUGGAGGCGUUCUUUCAGUGAAGUCCGAAAGCAAUUUCCGAGCCGUCAGAAUUAACUGUUCUGAGUUCUGAAGAAAUGGAUGUGGCCUCCAAGUUGCUAUGCUUGAUAAAGCUGCUAUGCGUAGCGAGCGAACAUCGGUGUUCCGAGGAGUUCAGAUGACUGCAGCGAUCAAGACGUUGCACAGGAAAUGCAACACAGAUUUCUGAACGGCUCAAGGGCCAAAACUGCUGCAGAAACUGAGGCCGACGAAGAACCACAGAGUAUACAGGCAGAAAGCUCUGCAAUGUUGUUACUGCGUAUUUCUACUCAAGAUCCAGCGUGUACCGCUGCUUCAAGUUCCUGGCAUGCGCACAUGAGGCAGCGUCAUCACAGCCGGAGCCGGCACGCGGCGAAACACUGCUGUGGACGUUCUGAUUUCGUUGGCAUCGCGCUCAGAUUCAGAAAAGGGGGCUUUGAUUUAUGUUGGGGCUUUUUCUCGGAACUGUUUCCUGGCCAUAUGUCGCCUUUGGCAGCAUGGCGAUUGCGCAUGGGUUAAGACUCGGAGCGUUGGACAGUUGUGAUGCAUCUAGGCUUUCCAUGCAUGUUCCUAUGUGUCGUCCUCAAUCAUGUUCCACUUCUUUCCCCCCUCGUGAAACAUGGAUGAACAUUCUGGUAGUGGUCAUGAACGAUGCUCAUCCAUCAUUUUGAAUGCAUGCAAGAUCGUUUGGAUUUGAUGAGAACAAAUUGCAUGUGCAUGCCGUCAAAAUAGGUGCAUCAUAUGUAAUGCGUCCACUAUUUGCAAAAUUAUUUUGUACUUUUCGUUUAACCUGAGUAGAUGAAGUUGAGAGUUGUGAAAAAUCGUGGAGACAGCUUGUCAUUGGCUGACUAUCUCUGUUGAUUACUUAGGGUCUUGUUUGAAAGCUUCUUUA